AUGUCUCAAGAACGUGAGAACUGCGGCACAAAUGGCCUCCUUCAUGAUGAUGGUGAAGACCAAGCAUGUCACUUCACCAUAUUUUCAUUCCUCCCCACCGAGUUGCAGUUGAAGAUUUGGCGAGAAACUUGGGAGGAGCGCGUUGUUACCAUCUCAAGAAAAUACCAUGGACCCAACGUCAGCGUCACAGCCGACGCGACGGAAGAACAGCUGAAGGGGCGUCACUCGCGAGCAAUUCGCGAGCAAGAACCUUUCGCGGACGGUGAUAAGCUCCUGAUCAAUACCACGACAUGUUCUAGAGCCACUCUAUCUGUCACGCUAUGGGUCAGCCGACAGUCUCGUUUGGAGACGCUGAGGCACUAUGAGCUCUGCAUGGGCUUACCCGGUGGUACGACAACCGUGUACUUCAACUUCUCACUGGAUACUCUCCGUUUUCCGUACUCUCCUUUAGUCCCAGGCUCCGUGCAGCCUCGAGAUCUCGCACGCGUGCAGAAACUGGCAAUACCGGAACGUUGCCCAUACACCAGCGAUUUCGCGCAAGUUGUCGAGAAGCAACGAAAGCUCCUAGAGCAGGACUCUGAUGUGGCCAAAGAGAACUUCCAACAGAUUGGGGCUCGAUCCUUCCGUGUACUUAACACAGUUGUGCCAAGUCUACGCGAGAUCUGGCUGGAUCACUUCUACGAGUCUCGCCGACAAACAAUGCGCGCACUCAUGGGCGAAUUCACAAGGAGCCAAUUUAUUGACGGAAUUCCUGCAGCCCGUAUACCUGCAAACGGUGCAUGCUUCUUCGAGAACCAGCCUUUCGAGCAAGAGCGACGUCUCGUUGUGCUCAUGAAGACUUAUGGUCGAGUUCCCGAUCUGGUGAAUAUAGAUCUAGAGUUUGUGGAACAGCACACCUUGAUGAGUACGGUCAUUUCAAAAUCUGCCAUUGGCUCUGCUACCGCCAACCGCAAAGAGGUGGAGGCUAAAGUGAGUAUUCACAGCUGGGUUCUCAAGGUCGCGGGAGCGGAAAUUGAUCAAGUUCUGAGUUCUGAGCAUCACUUUGCAGCGGUCUGUAAUCUUGAUUAUCUGCUGAUUGGUUUCGGUUCUCACUUUAAAGCAACGGAAGAGGUUAUAUACAGCAUUCCAUGA